UGGGACGAACCUGCUUGAGGAACCAGGAGACAGGCUUUAGAGUUGUGACUGUGUAAGAAGCAGACACAGAGGGAACAAGAGCCAAGAGUUGGAGAUGGACGGAGAGACAGAAAGAGGGGGAGAAGGGUUCCUCAUCUCCAGCUGUGGCCUGGCUUCCCUCUCCAUUCUGGAGGACACUGUUCAACUCCGAGCUCAUUUCACCUGGUUACUCGUCCCCAUCGGCAGACUCACGGGGAGACGGAGCGUGACCAACCCUGGGCAGAAGGGACCUCAGACAUACGAGAGGUAAAAUGUGCUGAGCCUAGAAGGCCUCAACCCAGAGCUACUUAGGGUAAAGCAGGAGGACUCUCACUCCUAAUCCAAGAAACACUAAGCACUGAGAAUAUUCUAGAUUUUUUUAAUUCAAAGUAUGGCAUAUGCGCAACUUGUCUGGAUUCCCUCAGGUGCUUUUACUGUAUGAGGAGCCCAAGAGCCCCGGAAUCUGCAUUUUAAGUUGAGCCCGUAGGUAAUCUGAAUUCGCACUGGAGUCUGAGAACCACACUGCUCAAGGCACUGCCGGGAUCCAACAGAGCAAGGUGGAUGCGUGGAUGCUGUCCCGGCAUUCCAAGGGUAUUCAUGCAUGUGUAUGUGCGCACGUGCCUGUCAGCAGACUACUAUAAUGAGGUUAAUAUGCGUGCUGGAAUAGCCACAGGGAGGUCGCCUAGCAGGUGCACCUCGUCCAGACAGGAGAUUCGGGAAGUCUCACAGGAAGCGCCUCAAAGCUGAAAUCUGGAGGCACCUGCACUGCAGAGAAACAUGGGGAGUUGUCAGCCCGUAGACGGUAAACGCAGCUUUGGCUGUCAACGAAGAAAAAUGACCAGAAGAUGCACAGAGAGGGGAGGGGGCAGAGAGAGAAGCGGGCCAAAGACCGAAUUGUAAAAGACUCCAAACCAUCUCAUUUCCUCCGACCCUAAGAUUUCACCUGCGCUGGACUUCGUCAGCCCCUUCGCCCAUCCCUCAGGCCUCAGGGAGACCUUCCGCGGAGCUGAGCCCGCGCCUAGGACUGCGGAGCCGCCACUCCCGCCGCCUCAGCGCUGCAGCGCCCCGCCCAGCGGAGCCAGGAGGGGCGGGGCGCGGCUCCGCCGGGACCGCCCCCUGAGGGGGCCUGGAUACGGCGCAGGGCGCGCCCGCUUUGCGUGGUGACGUCAGAGCGCCCGGGCUGGCGCCGAGGGAGGAGUGGGAGCCGAGAGCCGGCAGGCGCUGAGACUCCGGCUCCUGUCCGGCCCGGCGAUGGAGUUUCCGGACCUCGGGGCUCACUGUUCCGAGCCAAGCUGUCAGCGCUUGGAUUUCCUGCCGCUCAAGUGCGAUGCCUGCUCGGGCAUCUUCUGCGCAGACCAUGUGGCCUACGCCCAGCAUCACUGUGCAUCUGCUUACCAAAAGGAUAUCCAGGUACCGGUAUGCCCACUCUGUAACGUGCCGGUGCCUGUGGCCAGAGGGGAGGCCCCCGACCGCGCCGUGGGGGAGCACAUUGACAGAGACUGUCGCUCGGAUCCGGCACAGCAGAAACGGAAGAUCUUCACCAAUAAGUGUGAGCGCCCCGGCUGCCGCCAGCGGGAGAUGAUGAAGCUGACCUGCGAGCGCUGUGGCCGAAACUUCUGCAUCAAACACCGGCACCCACUGGACCAUGACUGCUCUGCGGAGGGGCGCCCGACCAGCCGGGCAGGACUGGCCGCCAUCUCCAGGGCACAGGGCCUGGCCGCUUCUGCCAGCACCGUCCCCAGCCCGAGCCAGACCUGGCCUUCCUCUACUCCCAGCAGAGCCACAACCCAGUCUCCAUCCCGGACAGCCCCUCCAGUGGUUGCUUUGCAGAAUGGCUUGAGUGAGGAUGAGGCUCUGCAACGAGCCUUGGCAUUGUCCCUGGCAGAGACCAAACCCCAGGUCCCCAGAUGUCACUGUUCCUCGUCCCAGUUCUCAGGAGGAGGAAGACCUGGCUUUAGCACAGGCACUGUCAGCCAGUGAGGCAGAGUACCAGCGGCAGCAGUGUGCCUCCAGCCCAUGCUGAGCUCUGAACUGAGGGCUGUCCCCUCAUCUCCUUGACUUCGCACCCUGUCUUCCCUUCUUCCCCUCUCCUUGCUCCAGGCGCAGAGCCGCAGCUUGAAGCCAUCCAACUGCAGCCUGUGCUAGGGCCCUGGGCUUGGGGAGGGAGGCUCAGCUGAGGAGGACUGUGGCCCUCACAUCUCUAGGGUACACAGGGAGAGGAGGCCCCGAGCGGCCUGGAGUGCACAGAUAAGCAGGAGUGACAGAUGGCCUCCAGGGAGCACCAGGCCCGUGGAGAUAAGACUGCAGAAGGCCCUGCGAGCUCUCUGGCGGCAGGGGACAGCGGCGAGGAACCAUUCCCUGGUCGGCCCCUCCACGGGCACUGAGCAGGCCCCACUCUCGGCCCCCUUCAUGUCAUCCCCCUAACCCCGGGGCUGCCCCGCUAUGUAGUGGGCAGGGAGGGGCCUAGAAAGAAUAAAGGAUCUAAGCAGACAAUAAGA